UUCAACUGCAAGAGGAGCUUCCUCAAUCCACACCAUUUGAGCUAGGAAAGAACAAUUCACCUUAGCUAUGGCAUGGGCUGUAGAGUUUAGGAGCGACGAACAAAAGAUAAAGAUAAGUUAUCAAAAUCCUUCGCCAUUUCAUGGGCAUUCGAAACAAUAGCUCUAAUUUUGAUCUGUCAUCUGUUGCAGUCUUGCAGAUGUUUUUCUAAUAACCAUUUGAGCAUCUCCUUCAACAAUGGCACUGCGAAACCCAAGAUCACGAGUUAGACAGACUGCCUGCUCACAAGCCCAAGCUUCGGCUGCCUCGGGGUUGGGUAUAUUCUGAUUAGGAAUCGAACUCGCCGCCAUGGUAUUGGAGGAAUAAUUAGGUUGAGCUCGGUUAAUACUUGGUGGAAAUGAUCACAAUCCUGAACAAGAUGAGCAACAGUUUCUUGGUCGAUGUUGCACAAGAUACAGAUGGGGGAAACAUUCACUCUACGGUUGAAAAGAUUAGCAACAGUAGGGAUGUAGUUCUUGAAAAAUCCCCAGCAGGAGAUCUUGAUCUUUGGUGGUAGAGGGAGUGCCCAGACAAUAUCAUAGAGUUGGGAAGUGUCUUUUUGCAAGAAAGAGGGAUCGCCUAACGGAAAGCAAGCCUCACCAAGGAGGAGUCCGCAACCAACCUUAACAGAAUAUCGACCUGAAGAAUCAUGACACCAUAUUAGAAUGUCUUGCUGAGCUAUUCUAGGGAGAGGGAUACUGAGAAUGGUAGCAGCUUGGUCAGCAGUGAACAAGGCAUUAACAAUAUCUACAAUCCAGGCCCAGGUAACCAAGCAUCAUUCCAUAUGCUGAUGGAAGAUCCACAGCCUACUCUCCAACCGACCCCUGCUGCAAGAGACCCCUGGUGCACCAAAUACUACACCCAGUAUAUGACGGAUUCAGCUCUCCAUAUUGCUCUAACUUGGGCGAGGAACUUUCAAACCUGUUUCCGUCCCCAUGGUGAAGCUUCGCAAAGCAUCGAAAGAGCAGUGCAAUGGGAGAAACCUUUGGCAGGGUGGAUAUGUGUUAACACAUAUGGUGCUGCUGCAAAUGGUUGUUUGCGAAGUGCCGCAGGGGGAUCCAUGCGUGACUGUGAGGGUAACUGGCUAUGGGGCAUGUUCACUGGUUUAAGCAUUGCAUGGGGCCAGGGAUAUGAAAAAAUAUUCUUCAAUCCGAUUGCCUUACUGCUGUGAAUAUGGUGAAUUCAAAUGACGAUAGUGUUGAUCACUGUUCCUUGGUUCGAGCAAUUCGAAGUUUAAGAAAACGAGCAUGGGCAACACGUAUUCAAUGGAAGAGAAGAUGUAACGUAAGAGUAAAUAAAAUAGAC